AUUGCAUUUCCAUGUUUCGCCACUUUACAGCUGAAUUGUGCCACCAUGACAUCUUCAACCGACCUUCAACUUUUGCAAAGGGCUAUUGAACAAAGCCAACCAGUGAAUCAAGCCUACAAUACGAACCAUGCGAAUAUAGUAAACUCGGCCCGGGUCAGACCUUUUUCCAUUCCUCGCCGACCCGUGCCGGUGAAAGCCGGGGGGGCGGCUGAACAACCUACAUCCUUCUCGGCAGUCUCUUCAAGGAAUGCUCAAAGUGAUGCUCCUUCUGCAGGACAAGAUUACGAUGGCAACUUACCUAUACCCACGCCUCGUUUACCUGAACCAGUCGCUGCCUCGCAACCAAAACAGCAUUCCCAAGAGACAUAUAUCCACCCUACUCCUAUACCAACCACAUGUACUAUGGCCCCAGCCCCGUUGACUGAAAAUACAACUAUACCAGAGGGUUCUUCCAAAUCACCAGAAAGUCAAAAUGCACUACCGACUCUGCCAGGUUUUGAUUCGCCUAAAGCUGUACAGACCUUUCCACCUCCUCCGCCUUUAUCACCAAGACCAGCGUAUCAAUCAUCCGAGAGGACUCUCCAAUCCCGCUCUGUACCGCAUCCCUUAACCUCAGGAAUCCCGCCAAACCCUGGCCCCAUUUUCUCAAACAUUCCAUCCAGCCCAGCUUAUUCCAUGGCCUGGAAUCACCUUCCUACAGCACCAUCCUCAUCAUCUACGCUUCGGACGGACAGACUAUUAAAGUACCUCAACAAGGAAACGGCCAAAAAGGCUUACAAUAGCAGCAAGGAAUUCCUCGCCAAGACCAACGAAAAGCUGGAAAAGGUCAUUAACCCCCUGAUGCCAGUGCUAGCAAUGAUAAACCCCAACAUCGCCACGAUCUAUCAGGUGCAGCAACAGCUGAGUCAGUCUCAACAAUCACAGCAGAAUGGUUCAGGUAUCGAUUCAUUGGCAGCAAUGCUGAGCGUCCAGGCUGCGGCAGCGCUGGCAGGGCAGUAUUCUGGUGGACUUGGUGACUUUGGCGUGAUGACAACAGCGUUGAAUCAACCCAAUAUAUCCAGCCUCUACAGUGGUGAAAAAAAUCAAAAUUUCCCUUUUGAUUCUACGUUCCUGCAGGAUCAACAAGGUAUUGUUGCUGGAGAUAUCUUGUCGAGUUUAACUGCCACCGGGCUUUUUCAGCCCUCAAUGUCACAGGAGUGUUUCACUCCGCCGUAUCAAGACAUACUAUCCGCAUAUACACAGCAGCAACAAAACUCUGCAACGGAAAUGUUUCUGUCGGCUCUGAGGACUGGUGGAGUUUCAGAUCAAUCCACAAAUCAAGAGGCAAUAUCUGCUUACAUACAACAGCAAGCGGAUGCUUCUACAGCGAACUUGAUGUCAACCAUGAGCGGCAGUGAAGGAAUAGGACAGUCUUCGCCAUCUCAGUCAAACCUAGACAUGAUUACUGGAUUUAUACAGCAGCAGACAGAUGCCUCGACGGAAAACCUCAUGUCAAUAUUGAACUCUACUGGAUCGCCGGGAAUGCAGUAUAUGUCGUUCAUUUUGCAACAACAGCAGCUGCAGCAGCAAACUCAGCCCGAUGCUCAGCCAAGCUUGACCACGCCCUUCACGUCCCCGCCGUCAGCAAACAGUGUUCCACCUCAGAAUACCUGCCAGCCAAUCUCUGGACAGCAAGAGGAACAGGCGCAGGCAGAGGCACAGACACCAAUCCCAUCAAAUCCACCUCCAUCUACCUCUUCCCCUUUACAAUUCCAAUCCCAAUCCCAACCUCCAACCCUCCCCAACCCCAAAACCUGGCCCCAUCAUCGUGCCCGCAUCUUCGGCCUUGAGCACAUCCUCCUCCCACCCCGCCACACCAACCUCCGCACACCGCACCCGCACCUCAUCAUCGGCGACUUGGCCCACCUGUAUGGCGGGGGCAGCUUCGAGAUCAGACUCCUGUACACAACAUCCCAGAUCCAAACCGCCGUCGAGGCAAUUGGGGACCUAACUACGGAUGAUUGCAGGACGGUUCUUGUGCCGGCUUGUGUGAUGGAGUUUGGGAUCCCUACUGGAGGCGUGAAUGUGGGGUGUGUUGUCUGUGCUAAUCAGACCGGCGGUGAGGAUGAGGCAGAGGAAGGCGGAGGGAGAGGGGGAGCGGACAAGGGGGCGCUGGUCAUGUACAGGGCGAUAGUCAGCUCGCCGUAUGGGCAUGGUGUGGCGGUGUCGCUAUAUGUGCCAGUAAAGCAUAUUGCGGUGGCGAGCAAAGUAGCGGCUACUAUGCUGUCGUCGAUUAGGUGGAUCGAUCGCUCGGUGCUGUGCAAAUCGGUCUCUAGUCAGCUUAUGGGGACGUGGAGGUCCUACUCACACAUGUCCUUAAAUGGCGGCCAUGAUAGUGUGGCAGAAAUGAAGGAGUUGUGCUUCAUGGCCGAUGGACAGUAUACAUAUGAUCGAGCUUGCCAGGCUAUUGGGGACGAUCGGAGGAAUGGGGGAAGUGAGUCCGGUUCAAACCAUAUAAGCGGUAGUUUUGAAUUGUAUGACUAUGAAAAAGGGACUGUUCAUCUGGUACUUGCCAAGACGGAUAAGGACAGUGUGGAGGUACGGGCUGUCGAGUUGAGGGGCAAUGUCAUGGUUAUUAAUGCGAAGGAGUACUUUAGAGUUUGAGAC